CUAGCAGGAGGUUACAUGUCAUAUCCCAGCACUUGGAUUUAAUUUUAAUACUGAAUUACAACACUUUAUCUUGGUGAUGAACCCCAGCUCACCAGCAUCCAGUGCUCUGGCUCCUAUCAACAAUACUGGAGGUCCCACCACUCCACGCAAGGGACCCCCCAAGUUCAAGCAAAGGGCAACCCGUCAGUUCAAGAGCAAGCCCCCUAAAAAAGGAGUAAAAGGGUUUGGCGACGACAUCCCAGGGAUGGAAGGACUAGGAACUGAUAUCACAGUGAUCUGCCCUUGGGAGGCGUUCGGCCACUUGGAGCUCCAUGAGCUUGCUCAAUUUGGAAUCAUUUAACUUCUGCAGCAGCCUUACCCAUCUACACAGCUUCACUGGGUUAUCAUCAGACUUUCUCAUUAUCCUGUUAAAUAACACACAACCUGGAAAUAAGUGAUUACAUUAUGUACAAUUUCUAUUUAACCAACCUCAGUGUAAUCCAGGGAUCUUCAACAAGCUACUACUGAACUCCAACUCUGAAUCAUUGGGCUGUUUGUUAAAUGCUGUUUAAUUCUCACAGGGUUUAUGAAGAAUGUCAGUUAUGUCUAUUUAACAGUAUAAAAUGUGAUGUGGGGAUCCAUAAAUAGAAAUCACAAAGGAACCAAUUAUCAUUAUAAUACAUUAUUAUUAAUUAAUAUUGUAAUUAUUUAGAAUGUUUGUUUUAAUAUUCGUCAAAAGGCCACAACAGUGGUUCUAACAAACUAUAUUAAGAAUAGUAAUGAAACUAAAAGAAGCAAAGACACAAUCCUUGAGAACCUACAAUUUGACAAAGGGAUAAGCAAAUUUGGGAUUGUUAUUAUCAACCACUGGAGGAUAUACAGUAAUGGAAAUUAUUUAUAAUAAGAUCUACAGAGUAGAGGUUGACUGAAAUGAAAUGGGGUGUGAGUACACAUUACCUUAUACAGACAUUAAAAAAUAAAUCGUUUUUAUGUGAUUAAAUUACAAUCCACAAGCACUAAAAA